AUGUCUCAUCUAAUACGACGUCAUUCAAUGGAACAUUUAGAACUUUAUGAUCUUGAUAAAUUCAAUAUAAUUCCAUCAAAAAAUUAUCAAUUAACAUCACAAUUAUCAUCAUCUUCAUAUAAAUAUCAACAUCGAUAUUCAUUAAUAGAUUCAACACAUGAACGUUAUCAAUUUCUUUGCAAUAUAAAACGUAGUAAAAUAGAUCCUAUCUAUGCAGCUACACCCAUGUUUACAACAAUACCACAAUCAUUAAAUGAAGAAUAUUAUCAACAAUUAAAUGAUUCAUCAUCUAUACAUUUAGAUAAUGUUAAACCAUUAUCUCGUCUAUCAUCAAAAUCAAAUGUAUCAAAAACUAUUAAAAUAAUUCAAGAAGAAAAAGAUAAUAAUAAUGACAAUAAUCAAUCAAAACAUCAUGAUUGUACAGAAAUUAUUGAGAAAAUAUUCAAUAGACAUUAG